CCGGUCGGAUUCAGUUUGAAAAAGUCAGUCUUGGCGAAAAGUGUGCCUAAAGGAUUAACAGUUUACAAGGAUACAAUAAGGAUAUAAAAGCAAUGCAGCGACCGUUGUUGCUCCUGCUAGUCUCAGCCCUUCUGCUAUGUGCGGCAGUGGCGCUGCCCGUGAGUCUGGAGCAGGCCGAGGAAGACUGGCUGGAACAGAUCCUGGCGGAAAGCCCGGACAUUGAGGAGUUCCAGGACCUGGACAUCAGCGCCGGUAACAACAUUAAGAAGCGAUCGGUCAAGGAUUCCAGCAGCUCCUCCGAGGAGCACAGGGACAAGGCGAAGGACAAGGCAAACAGCUCCUUGGAUUCCUCUUCCGAGGAGAAGACGACAACUGAAAAUACCCCCGCCCGAAAACGACGAGAUACUGAGAUGGAAUAUAACGAUCUAGCCAAGACAAGAAGGUGUAUGCAAAUUGCGGGAAUACGAGGUAUUAGGCCUGAAAUGCUUAAUGCUGAUGCGAGGAAAUUUAUUUGCGAUUUGGUGGAAUAUAGAAGAAGGCGCGAGAUAGCCCCAGAGGAGUCUACGGAUAAAAAAGCCAACGAUGAGCCAGAGCUGGACGCCCAGGCCGAGAAGGAGCUGGACGAGGAAAUGGCCCGAGCUGCAUCUGAGCUUUUGAAUGGCAAGGAUAACACCAGCAUCGAGGACCUGGACCUCAGCGCCGGUAACAACAUCAAGAAGCGAUCGGUCAAGGAUUCCAGCAGCUCCUCAGAGGAGCACAAGGACAAGGCAAACAGCUCCGGGGACUCCUCUUCCGAGGAGAAGACGACAACUGAAAGUACCCCCGCCCGAAAACGACGAGAUAGUGGGAUGGAAUUUAAGGAACAAGCCGAUACAAGUGUGUGUAUUUUAAUGUUGGAAUCACUAGGUAUUACGACUGAAAAGCUUAAUGCUGAUGCGAGGAAAUCGCUUUGCGAUUUGUUGGAAUAUAGAAGAAGGCGCGAGAUAGCCCCAGAGGAGUCUACGGAUAAAAAAGCCAACGAUGAACCAGAGCUGGACGCCCAGGCCGAGAAGGAGCUGGACGAGGAAAUGGCCCGAGCUGCAUCUGAGCUUUUGAAUGGCAAGGAUAACACCAGCAUUGAGGAUUACGCCCAGGGCUGUGAGGUCAUGGAAGUCAGCUCUAAAGAAGCCAAUGAGGCCACCUACGCCGAAUGACUUCCUUAACACCUUAUGAUUUUUAAUAAACAAAAUAAGAACCUACAUAAUAA